GACACGCCGGUGAGCAGAGCAGGCAAAUACUACAUUAGUCGGCGAUGUUUGAUUGCGUAGCACACGAGCGACAAGAACACAUGCUACCAGAGUUUGUACAUUAUGGCAACAGUGCAGGUUUGCGAGGCUGAAAAGGUUUAUAUCUUACACGGUAUACGGGAUGAUUUAAGAGUGGAUGGAAGGGGCUGUGAGGACUACAGGCACAUGGAAAUAGAGACUGAUGUAGUGUCCAACACGGACGGAUCCGCCAAAGUCACUCUGGGACACACAGCAGUUCUAGUUGGGAUAAAGGCCGAAAUUGGAAAACCACGGCCUAUGGUGCCAGAUGAAGGCUAUUUGGAGUUCUUUGUUGACUGUUCGGCAAAUGCAACUCCUGAGUUUGAGGGCAGAGGAGGCGAGGAGCUAGGGAUGGAGCUGAGCACCACGCUCUACAAAGUCUUCAACAACAAACACAGUGUGGACUUGAAGAGCCUGUGCAUCACUGCUGCAGAACACUGCUGGGUGCUCUACGUCGAUGUGCUGCUUCUUCAAUGUGAUGGAAACCUGUAUGAUGCCAUCUCCAUAGCUAUCAAAGCAGCUCUCUUCAACACAAAAAUCCCCAGAGUGCACAUAUCAGUGGACGAGGAAGGAGGGAAGGAAAUUGAGCUGUCAGAUGAUCCGUAUGACUGUAUGAGGCUAGAUGUGACAAAUGUGCCCUGUAUAGUGACCCUGUGCAAGGUGGGUCACAGACAUGUGGUGGAUGCAACUCUGCAGGAGAAAGCCUGCUCUGUGGCUAGCCUGAUUAUCUCCGUGACACAAAAGGGCACCAUCACCUGCGUCAGAAAGGUGGGGGGAGGCAGCCUGGAUCCAGAGAGCAUCUUUGAAAUGACAGAGGCAGGAAAACGUGUUGGGAAAGCUCUUCAUGCUCCACUCAUAAAGCUGCUGCAGCAGGAGGAGAGUUUGGGAAAGAAGCGGCAGAAAGUUGGAUUUCUUGGUUGAAAUAUCUUCUGUAUGUUUGUCCAUGUAGCUACAAUUUUCUAAUAAAACUUCAAUUUGUACAAUC